UUGGGUAGGGUGAGUUACAAGGCAGUCUCGUUAAGUCAACUCAAAGUCAAGGCCUUUGACUUAAGAUACAGUACACCGAUUGAGGACUAUUCAGCUUCGAGGGAACUUCAGCGUGAGGUUGAGGACCAUGGAUGUGUUAUCAAGGGCUGUGAUGUGUUUCUGCUUGAUGGGUUGGAUGACUUUAGGAUGGAGCAAUGCUGCUACGUACACAUCAAAUACCUUGAAGAGCAACAUAGACAAACUGAAGAACACCUAUAAGAUCUCCAAGGACCAGCUGUUCAACGGAAAACCUGUUUUCCCCAAGGACACGUUUGAGGACAGUGAGCGGAGGGUGUUGAUGAGUGCGGUUCUGGACGUGUAUCUGAGUAUCUUCAGCCAGAUGCUGAACCAGACGGUGGACCAGGAAGUGAUGGAGAGGCUGGUCCAGGUCAAGGGGAAGGUUCAGGAGCUCCAGAAACACUAUUUCCUGGGGAGGAUACCUGAGCUGAGGAGACACCUGCAGAACCUGUGGGCCAUCAAGACCAGUGACACCAGAGUCCAGGGGAAGGCUCUGUCCGAGUUCAUUCCCAUCUACGAGAAAGCCUCCCAACUGGCCAAUCGGAUUCAUCUGAAGAAGGACAACCGCAGGAAGAGACGGCAAGCCCAGAGGCUCAAAUCACACAUCAUGUAGAUGACCAACCGCGU